UAGUGUGUCAUUUAGUGAAAAAGAAGGCUGAGUUUUUUUGUUGUGUUCGCCAACAGAACUAAAAUAUUAAUAAUAAGUAAAUCAGAGUAUAUUGAUUCAUGUUAAACUCGAUAUGAAGCCACUGAUAGAUUUUGACGAGUGCCUUAGGGACUCGCCUAAGUUUAGGGAGCAACUGGAAACAGAAGAAGCUAGUAUCGAUGCUUUGGAACAGAAGCUAGACAAGGUCUUAAAAGCAUGUUCUCUCAUGAUAGAUACAGGGAAAACAUACAUGACUCACAGAGGCACAUUCACAAAUGCGCUAUGGGACUUGACUGGAAGCUUCUCGGAGGAUCCUGCCGUGAUGGCCAUGCUCAACAGGAUGAUCCAUGCCUUGCAAGAGAUGAACAAAUUCCACUCCAUACUGUUGGACCAGGCAUCUAGAACUGUGCUUAAGAAUCUCACUGCUUUCAUCAAAGUGGAUAUAAAAGGUGUCAAGGAAAGCAAACAUCAUUUCGAUAAAAUCUCAAAUGAUCUGGAUAUAGCGUUAAUUAGGAAUUCACAGGUGUCACGUCACAAAAUGGCUGACGUGGAGGAGGUAGUGAAUCUGCUGCUGGCGACGCGGUCGUGCUUCCGUCACACCGCGCUCGACCACGUGCAAAAGAUCACCAUGAUGCAGGCGAGGAAGCGGCACGAGAUACUCGCCACCGUGAGUAUACAAGUUAAUUAUCGAUCACUAAAUAAGGAAAAUUUGUAUCCGCCCGUAUAAUGCCACCUUACAAGG